AUUCCUGUGGUAAACUGGAGAUGCCUCAGCCCAGGCGGCAGAAACGAAUUGUGGGAGGAAUGGUUGCGUCCUUAGAGGCUUGGCCAUGGCUUGUCGGGUUCAGAUCUCUGCUGGGUUCGCACGUAUGUUCUGGAGCCAUCAUAGCACAACGAUGGGUCAUCACGGCAGCUCAUUGUUUUAAACAUAUUUCCAGGCCAAGUCUGUGGAGAGUUCGCAUUGGGGACCAUAACCUGCUGGCACAAGAACCUGGGGAGAGGGAUAUCAGCGUUCACAGCAUUAUCAUGCACCCAGGCUACAGCACCAGACAACACAUUAGCAGUGCUAAUCAAACCCUUCAAACCCGGUACGAGCGUGAUAUAGCGCUGGUCAGACUGUCCGAGGACACGCUAACAGAACCCAUCUGCCUUCCGUCAUCUACCGACGAUAGCUUCUUCACAGACCAACCAGACAGUGAGUCUGAAUCACCAGAGAAUGGAGGUAAAGGUGACGGUAAUGACAUUAAAAGCCGUACUGACCGCACGGGUGAAAGUAGUCUCGGUGGCGGAUUCAACCAAAUACCAACAAUGGGCUUUGAGGACCACCAGGAGUCGGAUGGGAGUGAAGAGGUGGCGACAGAUGCAAACAAAGACGGCGGUGGUUCCUGCUGGGUGGCUGGCUGGGGAACAACUUUAGACACGAGUGCCGACCAGCUGCUACACGAAGUCCCCGGAGAUGUGAUUGGCAGCAAAAAGUGUAGCGAUAUGUGGGGCGAAACUCUGGAAGCAGACAUGGUGUGUUUUGGUGACGGUACAUACGGCCCCUGUCUUGGUGACUCUGGUGGACCUCUGGCAUGCGAGAAAGAUGGGGUUUUCUAUCUCAUUGGUGUUGUGGCUUGGGGAACUGAGGAGUGCAACAUUGUUGGAUACCCUAGCGUCUUCACCAACAUCCAACCAUAUCUGACCUGGAUAUAUGAGCAUCUUAACAAGAACAUGUAG